AUAAUUGAAAAAAAGAAGAAAAAACAAAAUAAAUAAAAGGAAAAUGAAUGGUAAACGAUUCCCAUCAUAUAUAUAUAUAUAUAUAUAUAUAUAUAUAAAGGAAAAAGAAAAAGAAAAAGAAAAACAGAAGGGUUCCAUUUCACAGAGCUUGAUUGGGUUGGUGUGUGUUGAUGGAUUUUGAACCAGGAACGUCGAUCUUGCAAAACGGCGCCGUCAAGGGCUCGCUAAGGCACGCUCGGACGGCUCAUAACAUGUCGUCGUCGUCGCUGCGUAAAAAGUCCGAUUUGACCCUCGUCCCCAAGGUACGAUUCGGUUGCCUCAGGCAGUUGCUUGUAAAUCUUCAGGAGGUCAUUUUUGGAACAAGGAUUUGGAUUCUUUUUCCGGCGGUGCCGUUGGCUGUUUUGGCUGACUCGUUCGGCUUCCCGAGACCGUGGGUUUUCGUUCUAAGCUUACUGGGCCUUGCUCCACUUGCUGAACGCCUCAGCUUUCUCACCGAACAAAUCUCAUACUUCACCGGCCAUACAGUUGGUGGGUUGCUAAAUGCGACAUGUGGCAAUGCCACGGAGCUAAUCGUAGCAGUAUUUGCACUAAGCAAGGAUAAGAUUAAGUUGGUGAAGUAUUCUCUUUUGGGAUCCGUUCUCUCAAACCUCCUUCUUGUUCUUGGAACCUCACUCUUCUUUGGUGGCAUCGUCAAUCUUAAGAAAGAACAAACCUACGACGGAAGACAAGCUGAAGUGAACUCGCACAUGCUGUUGUUGGCGCUUUUGUGCCACUCUCUCCCGAUGUUGUUCCCUUACGCUGGAGGAUCGGCUGACGUGGCCGAAGGUAGUGUGCUGCGAUUGUCUAGAGCUGGUAGUAUAAUAAUGUUGCUGGCUUAUGUCGCUUACUUGAUCUUUCACCUCUGGAAUCAUCGCCGAUUAUUUGAAGAAGACAAGGAACUUGACGAAUACGACGACGUUGUGGAAGAAGGUCCAGUGAUAGGAAAAUGGAGCGCAAUGGCGUGGUUGGUGGUUGUUACCCUUCUCAUUGCUUUGUUGUCUGAGUACGUGGUGACUACGAUUGAGGAUGCAUCAGAAACUUGGGGUUUAUCUGUUGCGUUCCUUAGCAUAAUCUUGCUACCAAUGAUUGGAAAUGCAGCCGAGCAUGCAGGAGCUGUCAUUUUUGCUUACAAGAACAAGUUGGAUAUAACUUUAGGUGUUGCUUUAGGAUCUGCAACUCAAAUAGCAAUGUUUGUGGUUCCUUUAUGUGUAAUUGUUGCUUGGGUUAUGGGAAUGAAUAUGGAUCUUAAUUUUAAUAUCCUCGAAACUGCCUCUCUUGCUCUUUCAAUAUUGGCUUCCUCAUCCAUUUUACAGGAUGGCACUUCUCACUAUAUGAAGGGAUUGAUUCUCCUCCUCUUCUAUAUUGUUAUUGCAACAUGUUUCUUCUUAACUAAUGAUGAGGUUACUCUCAACAAUUUUGGGUUGUCGAGAUCCAACUAAAGUGACAAUAGUAAUUUUCAAUAUAUUCCAAGGUUGGUAUUUUCAUAAAAAUAUUUUGUUUGGUCUUGGUGAUUAUCUCAAGUGAAUGUAGUAUAUAGAUGCAUUUUGUAUCUAUUCUUUUUAAAUAA